CUCAUUUUGUGCGAAUGUCAAUAAUUGGCUGACUAUCGAAAUGCAUUGCGUCUGCGAAUGGCAAGCGAAGUGGAAUAAGAUGAGUGAUUCUCUGACUUGGUUGGAGUUUCUUAGUCAGGCCAAAGAAUUUCUGGCUAUGUCUUUAGAUUUAAAUGACAGCUGGCAGCUUAUUGAAAAGGACAAUCAAGAGCCCAAUUCUUUUCUGAAAUACACUCAAAAAGUCAAAUGUGCGAAUGAACUGAUAAAUGUGGAGUACCAUAUUGUGUACAGCAUCUCCUAUCAAGUGCCCAUGCUCUAUCUGCAGGCUCAUCGAUCAGAUGGUGGCCUCUUGGAUAUAGAGGCCACUUGGAAUCUGUUUAUGCCAGAUGCGCCUCGUAGCGAUCUUUAUCAAAUGCUAACGCCAAUGGAGCAUCCGGUGUUGUUUCGUCCCUUUAUGGCGUUGCAUCCAUGCCGCACCGGCGAGAUUUUGGCCCAGUUUGGCAAACAGAGUAAAAAUCGCAUACUCACCUUUAUAAGUGUCUAUGGACCUUAUGUUAAGCUAGAGUUAUCCAAUAGGUAUGGCUUGAUUAAGGAAAAUAAUCAAAGAAAUUAAAUUAAAAUGGUUUAUUGUUGAUAUGAAGACAAUAUAUAAAAGAAUUGUAAUGUUAAACUUAAGACUAGAUAUAUAGUAAUAGUACAUUGCUGAAAUUUACAAACAGCACUCAUCUAGAUAUACAUAGAUCUAAUCGAAUUGAGUCUACAUAUAAAGUGAUUGCACAUAUUGUAAAGAAAACCCUAUACUCAAUCUAUAAGCAUACGUUAUUUAUAUUAUAUCAAAUUGGCUUUACCAAAGAACCCAAGUCUCAUUAAGGAAAUAAAACAAAAUGGACUGUUUAAUAACAUCUAUAUACAUAGAUUGUA